CGCCAUUGGAGUCAACAGGAAAUAGAUCUUUUUGUCGCAGAGCCCGUUGAUUUGUCAGCGACAACCAAAGCAAAGCAAUUAAUCCCAGCUUCGCUCCGCUCCCUACCUCCAGCUUCCAGGUUGGUAGCUUCGUUCCAUUCUCAGCUUUCCUCGAGCUCCCCGCGGUCCCGCACGGUCCCUUGUCUCCUCCUCCGGCCGGCGUGAGGAAGGUCCGCCGCCACCGGACGAGCGGAGGAGCCUGCGGGUUCUAAUCUCGCCUUCUCAGCGGCUCCGUGGGCGGCUGUCACUCUCAGGCUGCUGUGGGGAGUUCAUGGUCCUUGUGGUUGGAUUGUGGAGUACGCCAUGUUCGGGUCCAGGAGGGUGGACGACGGGAUGGCGCUCAAGAAGCAGAGGACCGUAAGAUUCCAUGAUGAGAGGACAAAACCAACCAUGCCUGUCCACCAGAAACAGGCUGGGCUAGCUGCCCGUAAGCUCGGUGUGGGGAAUUUUGGGAAGAACAGGAUUUUUUUAGCAGGACAUGGCCUUCGCAACAAGAAGAUUAUCGAUCCAACAAGCGAUUUCAUCUUGAUAUGGAACUAUGUCUUCCGUGUCGCAUGCUUCGUUGCUCUAUUUAUGGACCCUCUGUACUUCUAUGUGCCUAAAGUUGACUAUGGCACACGAACAUCAUGCAUCGGGAAAGAUAGACACCUGGCUAUCAUCAUUACUGUCUUCCGAUCAAUUGCCGACCUUUUUUAUGUCAUCCAAAUUGUGAUAAAGUUUAUGACUGCAUAUAUUAAUCCAAGCACCAAGGUUGGGGGUUUCGGUCGAGGAGACCUUGUUACAGAUCCUAACGAAAUUGCAAAGAUGUAUUUGAGAUCUGACUUUGCAGUUGAUUUAGUGGCUUCCUUGCCUUUACCACAGAUCAUUACUUGGUCUGUAAUACCAGCUAUCAAGUAUUCGUGGUCGGAGCAUAACAAUGCCAUACUGUUUUUGGUUGCUCUUUUUCAGUACUUUUUAAGAUUAUAUCUCAUAUUUUCGUUGAAUACAAAAAUUGUCAAAGUCACUGGUGCUUUUUCAAAGACUGCUUGGCAAGGAGCUGCGUACAAUCUGCUGUUAUACAUGACUGCUAGCCAUGUUUUAGGAGCAUUAUGGUACCUGCUAUCCGUUGAUCGCCAGACUGCGUGUUGGCAAAAGUAUUGCAGCAAUGAAACCAGUUGCCAUAAUACAUACAUGUCUUGUGACGUAAAGCCAGAUCCAAAUUGGGCAACCAGCACUACUAUCUUUACUACCUGCGAUGCUAGUAAGAAAGAACCAAGUUUCGACUAUGGCAUGUUCCAGACGCUGUUAUCAAACAAAGCUCCCAGUCAGAGAUUCCUGAGGAAGUACUUCUAUUGCCUUUGGUGGGGCUUGCAGAAUCUAAGUUGCUAUGGCCAGACUUUGAGUGUGAGUACCUAUAUUGGUGAGACAUUGUAUGCCAUAUUCUUGGCGGUGCUUGGUCUCGUGUUGUUUGCGCAUUUGAUUGGCAAUGUUCAGACCUACUUGCAAUCUAUCACCGCAAGGGUUGAGGAGUGGAGAGUAAAGCAAAGAGAUACUGAAGAGUGGAUGAGACAUCGCCAACUUCCACAAGAGUUACGACAAAGGGUGAAAAGAUUCAUUCAUUACAAGUGGCUUGCAACUCGAGGUGUGGAUGAAGCAUCUAUAUUGAAGGCUCUGCCAGUAGACCUUCGUCGUGACAUCAACCGUCACCUUUGCUUGGAUCUUGUCCGUCGGGUUCCAUUCUUCUCACAGAUGGAUGAUCAGCUUCUAGAUGCAAUAUGUGGGCGUCUUGUAUCUUCUUUGAGCACAAAGGGGACAUUCACUGUCCGUGAAGGUGACCCAGUGACCGAGAUGCUCUUUAUCAUCCGUGGGAAACUGGAAAGCUCCACAACAGAUGGUGGUCGGACAGGAUUCUUUAAUUCAAUCACCCUCAAAGCUGGCGAUUUCUGUGGUGAAGAAUUGCUUGGAUGGGCACUCGUCCCCAGGCCUACUGUCAACUUGCCAUCAUCCACCAGGACGGUGAAGGCACUCGUCGAAGUGGAGGCAUUUGCUCUCCAGGCUGAGGACCUCAAGUUUGUUGCCAGUCAGUUCAGGCGGCUCCACAGUAGGAAGUUACAGCACACUUUCCGCUACUACUCUCACCAGUGGAGGACCUGGGCCACGUGCUUCAUCCAAGCUACUUGGCGCCGCCAUAAGAGGAGGAAGCUAGCCAAGGACCUGAUCACGAGGGAGUCAUUCUCCUCCACAAGAUCAUACGAAGACAACAAGUUCCUGGAGCACAAUUUUGCGCUGAAAACUGCAGUCAGGAAAGAAUCUGACAGACUCAGAGAACUGCCCAAGUUUAGGAAGCCCUCCGAGCCAGACUUCUCAGCAGAGCAUGACGACUAAGAGAAACCCGAUAUAUUACUCCCUACAACGAGAUUGCUGAUCCUGCCACAUGCUGUGCUGCCUGUUGGCCUUGAUCUAUCUGCAAAUGCGAAUUGAGAUUGUGUUCACAGGUAACUGAUUGUUCAUGUCAGGGAAAUUCUCAAGCUGAACUUUGGAGCCACCUUAUACAGGAUGCUACACCACUCCGGGAAGGGCAGACUGUUUGGUGGGAUUGUUGGGCUCAAAAGAAUGAUAGGUAGCCACCAUUGAUUUGUUUUAGGAUAAAAGUUGCAACACACUGUUGCUUGUAGGUUAGCUUCAGAGUCUAUUGUAAAUGCAGAUGUAAUUAUGUUUGCUUUACUUUUGUGACUUCACUGUAGCACCACUACUUGUUGCUGCAGUGACUGGUCGACCAAAUUCUAACGCGUCGGCUAGGGCUCCACUACUUAUUCUGGAGUGUGUAAAUUGUUUGGCUGUACUUGGUAACCUUGUUCUUUCAUUGGCAUGGUGAUGUAAUUCUGUUAACUGCUGUGUUGCUUA